AUGGUGGAUAUUGGCGCAAACGGACGAGUUUCAGACGGAGGCGUAUUUUCAAAUACUGUAUUUUAUAAGAAUUUUCUUGAAAAAAAAUUAAAUAUUCCGGAACCGGAUUACCUACCAGGAAUAAAUGAAAAAUUCCCAUACGUAUUUGUAGCGGAUGAUGCUUUUCCACUUUCAAAUAAUCUGAUGAAACCCUAUCCGCAAAGAAAUUUAAGUAAAGAGAAACGGAUAUUUAACUAUAGAUUGUCGAGGGCUCGUAGAAUAAUAGAGAAUACAUUUGGUAUUUUAGCAUCACGAUUUCGUAUACUUUUGAAAACAAUUAAUUUAUGUCCAGAAAAAACCACUAUAAUCGUUCGUGCCUGCUGCCAUCUACACAACUUUUUACGAAAACAUAAAAUGGAAAUAUUUUUGGAGGAAACUUUGGACAUUGAAAAUAUUUCAUCGGGAGAGGUGGAACCGGGAAGUUGGAGAAGUAAUGGUCAAUUAGUUCAGAUACAACCUUAUCAAGGAAGAAAUUCAAGCUCAACAGCCAAAGAAGUACGAGAUAACUUUUGUUCAUAUUUCAAUAACGCCGGAGCAGUCCAUUGGCAAGACAAUUUAUUCGAAAAUAAUAUUAAUUUAUGA